AUGAUAUUAAAAUUAAAAAAAUAUAAUACUUAUAAAUAUUUGAAAAGUUUUGGAAAAAAUAAUAAAGGUUAUAUAACAAUUUUUAAUAAAGGAGGAGGUAAAUUAAAAUAUAAUUAUAAAAUGGUAGAUUUUUGGUAUGAUAAUUAUAAUUAUAAUAUUAAUUAUAAAGUUUUUUUAUUAAAAAGAAUAAAAAAUUAUUUUAGAAAUACUUAUAUAGGAUGUAUUUUAUAUUUAUCAUUUAAAUUAAAUAAUUUACAAAAAUAUAUUAUUUUGCAAUAUAAUUAUUUAUUAAAUUCAAUUUAUUAUUUAACUAAUAUUAAUAAUAUAAAAAAAGGUAGUUAUUUACAAUUAAAAUAUUGUAAAUUAGGAACUUAUAUAUAUAAUAUUUCUAGUAAUAAAAGAGGAGGUAUUUUUGUUAGAUCUGCAGGUACUUUUGCUAAAAUAUUAAUUUUUUAUAAAAAUUUAGUAUAUAUAAAAUUACCUUCUAAACAAUUAAAAUAUUUAAAUAAUAUAAAUUUUUGUUAUAUAGGUAUAAAUAGUAAUAUUUUAUAUAAUAAAUUUAAAAUAAAAAAUGCUGGAUAUAAUAUUUAUUAUAAUAUUAAAUCUAAAGUUAGAGGAAAAGCUAUGAAUACAUGUGACCAUCCUCAUGGAGGAGGUAAAGGUAAAACUAGUAUUGGUCGUAAAUAUCCUUGUUCUAAAAAAGGAUUACAUUCUAAAGGUUAUAAAACAAAAAAAUAA